CCACUGCUCUCAGCUGGAACAUGGAACUUCCCCUGCUGUGUGUGAUGAUGGUGAUGGCUGGUGUGACUCCAACCCAGAGUGGGAUUCUGAACCUGAACAAGAUGGUUAAACAAGUGACCGGGAAGACACCCCUCUUCUCCUACUGGUUUUAUGGCUGUCACUGCGGACCUGGUGGCAGAGGCCAACCCAAAGAUGCCACAGACUGGUGCUGCAAGACUCAUGACUGCUGUUACACUCACUUGAAGAGCAACAAAUGCCGUUUAAACACAGACAACUACAAAUACAGCUUCUCCCAAGGGACAAUCCAGUGCUCGGACAAGGGGAGCUGGUGUGAACAGCAGCUGUGUGCUUGUGACAAGGAGGUGGCCUUGUGCCUGAAGCGUAACCUGAACACCUAUCAGAAGAGCCUGCGUUACUACUGGCGGCCCCACUGUAAGGGUCAGACCCCAGAGUGCUAG